UUGUGCCCUGUAUAGACGCUGCUAAGCUAAGCUAGCUGUCAACCCACUGAGCAGCAUCACGCCAGGGACUCUGCAGGCUCCCUUCAAACACCUUUCACCACCGCACACAAUGGCUGUCCCUCCUUCAUACUCAGACCUGGGCAAGGCCGCCAAGGAUAUAUUCAGCAAGGGCUAUGGCUUUGGUGUCGUGAAGCUGGACCUAAAGACCAAAUCACAAAGUGGAGUGGAGUUCAACACAUCUGGCUCCAGUAACACAGACACGGGGAAGGCCACAGGGAACCUGGAGACCAAAUACAAGAUGAAGGAGCUGGGCCUGACCUUCAACCAGAAGUGGAACACAGACAACACGCUGGCUACUGAAGUCACCGUGGAGGACCAGCUGACUGAGGGACUGAAGGUUGCCUUGGAUACGUCUUUUGUACCAAACACGGGUAAGAAGAGCGGCAAGCUGAAGACGGGCUACAAGCGCGACUACGUGAACCUGGGCUGUGACGUUGACUUCGAGGGUCCCAUCAUCCACGCUGCCGCCGUGCUGGGCUACGAGGGCUGGCUGGCCGGCUACCAGAUGGCCUUCGACACGGCCAAGUCCAAACUGGCCCAGAACAACUUCGCCCUCGGAUACAGGGCCGGGGACUUCCAGCUGCACACCAACGUUAACGACGGGACCGAGUUCGGCGGCUCCAUCUACCAGAAGGUGAACGACGAGCUGGAGACAGCGGUCACUCUGGCCUGGACCGCCGGCAGUAACAACACUCGCUUCGGCAUCGCUGCCAAAUACAAGCUGGACAAAGACGCCUCUCUGUCUGCCAAAGUGAACAAUGCCAGUCUGAUCGGAGUAGGCUACACCCAGAGUCUUCGGCCAGGUGUUAAGGUGACUCUCUCAGCCCUGAUCGACGGCAAGAACUUCAACGCCGGAGGACACAAAGUCGGCAUGGGCUUCGAGCUGGAGGCAUAAAGCGGGAGAACUCAGACCCACCAACAACAAAAAAAGCUCCUCCGCCCUCCCCCCUCCUCACACACAGGUCACCACCAUCACGUAGCUUCUUCUCUCUGGACUCACCCCCCUCCCCCCCCCCGGUUCACUCUUGUUCAUGAGCAUUUCUGACAGUAAUAGUCGAGUCUCUGCAUCAUGCUUUAACACCCCUGAGAGGAGUCGUGAGGUUGCGUGUUGAUCCUGAAACUGGCAGCGCGUAGUUUCUGGAUUAUUACCGUUUUUAUGGUUACUGAAGUGACACUAUUUAUUGCCCCCCCCCCUCUGUAGCUCUCGGAUGAAGUAGUCGUCGGUGUAAACGUGUAGCUCAUUAAAAGCUUCUGUAAUCAGCUGUUCCUAAAAGCAUGUCAGAAUGAAAACGUGGAUGUGGAGCUGAAGGCUUAUUUGCUUGGUUAAAAAAAAAAAAAAAAUGGUGCUGAGUGUCUGUUUUGUUUCGGCUGUGUUGUUGCAAUCUGUGGACUAUUAAAUCCAUAUACAUGUUUUGAUACAACACAUUUCGCGAACAUAUGACUGGAUGACGAACCGGUGGUUUGAAGGUUACGUAAAGACUCCUGCAUUGUCUGACUGAAGGAUAUUAAACACUGUUAGCUUUACAGGAACAACGUUCGGUGCAGAUUGCUCCUUUGUGACUUCUCAUUUCUUCGGUAGGUGAAAUCAAUGUAGUGGAAUCUUCUGGUUAGAUUACGUAGUUUAGUUUUUGCAUUUCUACAAUAUUGUUUUCAUCUAUCUGCCUCAGCACGGCGGUCACAAAGAAAGUGAGGGACGUCUUUGCGUCUGCACCGUCUCGUAGGUAUCUCAGCUGCUCAGCGGCGCCGGGCGUCUUUAACUUUGACGGCCAGCUGUUUCCUCAUGUUGCUCGGGGACUGUGGUCUUUGCUGUUAGUGCUCUCUCUCUCGUUACAAACAACCUACACUCCUCAGAUCUGUACAGAAAUAUACAGUUGAUUGUCCUCCGAGUGAUUCCAGUCGACACGCUUAAUAGGAUUAUUUAAGAGGUUGUUGUGUCCCUCACGACUAGCUGACUAGUUUUUUUUUUUUUGGUAAUCAUGCAUCAAAAUGUGUUUUUUUUUUUCUUCUUCCAUCUAAUUGUGUUGUCAUGAUUAUAAAAGGCUCAUUUUUCUUUGUCACUUAGACACAGUACCUCAUUUUUUUUUCCAAUGUCAAUUAAGGGAAUUCUAAUAAUAAAAAAAUAAAUAAAAACAA